CUCAUUUUUUCUUCUUCUUUCGUCUUCCUCCUCUGACGCUGAACAGUGUCUGCACUCACACAGAGCCAUAACGAGCUAGAGAGAGAAAGAGCGAGUUCAGUUAUAGAGAGAGAAAGCGGAACCCUAGAGUUCAUUCAACAUUUUCCAUGGAAAGCGUGACGACCCGUUUUUCUCACCAACCAAACAAGUCCUCCGCCACGUUUUCCAAGAAAAUCACCACCAACCUCUACGACGACGUUUACGGCGCUCCGCCGAGGUUCGCUUCCUCCUCCGCCUCCAUCUCCCCGCGCUUCGAGGACUACGGCGAGAUUUUCUCCAGCUUCCACGCCGCUCGCGCCUCCUCCAUUCCGGUGCUGGAUCUUCCGCCGGUCGACGGCGCCGGUUCCUUCUUCGACUCCGGAAUCGCCGGUUUUGACUAUGCGGAGGUUUUCCGAGGCUUCUCCGGCCUCGAUUUUUGGACCUCGCAUGAGGACUUGUUUCGCCGCGACGGUUUCUCCGACGAAGAAGAAGCCUGGACUCAAGUGGAAACUGAUUCAUUCUCCGAAGACUUGGAGCAUGUUGUAAAUAAUCAAGGCAUAUCAGACAUAGAUUUUUUCCAGUCUGUUAAUGGAGGUAGAGAGUUCAACGUUUCGUAUCACAAGGUCAGUGGUACACGCAGUGAAGAUACGUCAAAGGGGAAAACUCACACAGCUCAGCUGCAUGCUGUUCCGGGUUUCUCUCAUGUGGUUGAAGAAACCACGCGGUUUCUCAGGACUGAUCCAUCCUUGCAGGUUGUUGAUGAUACUGAACUUGAUGUGGAACGUAAUGCAGGCAAGGCAAAGGGAAACCGUUUGAGAAAAUCGAUGUCACGUCGUCCUGGCAAUCUUACCUCUGGCGAAGGCGAACAGGUUCUUGGUAGUGAUCUUGAUAUGCACGAUGGAUGCCGCAGAAAUGGUUCUCAUUCCAGCGAGACGUUUGUAGCUGUGUCUGAUAUCAGCCUUAGAACUAUACCAUCAGAAUUGCCACCCCCUUCUCGACCGCCGCCUGUGUUAGAUGCAAGCAGAGGACAUUCAAGUGGAUUUCAUUCAAAAAGUGAGCGGGUUGAUGAUGGAGAGACUCUCGGUUAUAGUUCGCCCCCUUUCUAUGAUGUAGAGGUUGAUAUUAAUUCAUCUUCUGCUGCUAUGAAAAAUGCUAUGCAUAGACCAGCUGCAAAACUUAAGAAUGCUGAAGAAUUUAGGGGGAGAAAGAAAGGGGCUUCUGAGACCAAUACAAAAUCAAGUUAUCAUGUGAAAAAUGAUGAAGCAAAGAUAAGUGAGAUAACUAGAUUUGAUAGUUUGAAUGAUGAUAGAAAGCAGGAAUCUUGUGAUUUUAGAUCUGGCAAAAUGAAAAUUUCUGCCACAGAUGAAAGCCAGAAAGCUACGAAGGUUGCUCCUGAAACUUCAGAACCAUUAGAAAGGGAAAGACUUGUGAACAUGUUUGAGGAAAAGCAUAUAAAAGAAUCCAGGUCAUCUCUAGAAUCGGAUCGAAGUACAGCAGUUGGGACAUGGAAAGAAGAAACUGAGUUUUUUGAAUUGGUGGGAACAGAAGAGCAUGGAAAGGUAAUCCGACCGAUAAAUCAUACUAUGAGUUUGAUGCAAGAUACAAAAACAUAUGAGCAUGGAAGGAAAGUAGGGGAAGCUCCUAAUAUUCAAGAGGAAUACAAAAAUGUAAAAGCAAUUGCAGAAGGUUAUCAAGUGGAGGAUAAGAAAAAAUCUAAAGCAGCAAAAAUGGCUCUUGAACAGGGCAAAUCCAUUAGGAAAUCUAAAUCAUCUAAUGAAAAAUACAGGCAGAGAGAAAAUGUGAAGAAUGACAAAAUGACCGAAUUCUUUGAGCUACAAAAGAAUGAGAAGAAGACAAGAACUGUUCACCAGCAUGGAAAAACUGGAAAUAUAGUAACUAAAGCUGACCAAUCAGAUAGUCUAAGAGAGAUCGCUGAGACACAACACAAGGAGCAUCAAAAAGUGGAAAGCGCUAAAUCAAAAGAGGUUGAUAGGCAAACACCAAUUGAAGUUCAGUGUAGCAUGGAUCAUAAGGACAAUGAGAAGAAACUAAAAGAGGAUGAAGAUAAACAGCUGAGUGUGAAAAGGCAGAAGCAGAAGCAGUCUCAGAAAAUGAAAGAAAAUGGAAAAAUUGUGAGAGAAGCUUUUGCUCUUGGAACAGCAGAGGGUGAGGAAAUAGUGAAAGAUUCAGAGAAUCUGGACAGAAUUGAUGAAAGAGUAAAUGAGCCUUUGAAGAUAGACAGGCCAGAGGAAAAGACAACUUGCAAAAGAGAAAAUGAAAUCAUCUUUAAGCAAGCUAAACAGAUUAAGAGCAAAAAGGGACUGAAAGAAGCAUAUGAAAGCAAAACAAUUGAGAAAAGCCUAGAAGGUUCUUUUAAAAAAGAAGAAAGUGAUCAAGGCCUAAAGUAUGAUCUUGGGAAGAUAGAGAAUGAAAUGGGACUUGAAGAAGACUUUGAACUGGAACUGAGUAAGAAAAGCACUACGGAAGUUUUCUAUCAGGAGGGAAAUGAGCAAUAUGAAAGAGAUCAGGCUAAAGAGAAAUGUAGGGAGGUUUUUAAUGAGUAUGGGAAAGGAAAUAUACUUAAAGAAGCAGGUCAUGGCGAAAAGAUUCAGAAGGUUCAGAAACAAGCACCCGAACUAGAAAGAAAUGUUGGAAAUGAGGCUCAGAGGAAAACGGAAAUUGAAAGUCCAUCAAAUCCAGCAUUUGAUAGGGAAGGAAGUGUAGAUAUAUCAAAUGAGGAUAGUCACACUGAGAAAUCUGAGAAGAUGCUCAAAGAUACUGGGAGUGAAAAAGAUAAGGGAUUGGACAAAGAUUUAGAGCAAAUACAAGCGGAUGGAGAGGGUGUAGACAUGGAGUUUUCCAAAGAAAUCAAUGAGACAUUGGAAACAGAGUAUGAUGAAAGUCUUCUGGCAGCUCACUCAUCCUCCAUUCAUGAAGAAAAAAUGGGAAAACUGGAGGCAUCUGAAGAACCUAUUGCUGACCCAGAAAAUGGUAAGGCAAGAACUGACUGCAAAGUUGAUGAAAAGAAGUUAGAAGAGAUAGGGGUGGAAAACCUAUUAGCUAAUGUGAGAAAACAAGCUUCUGAAAUAUCCCUUAGAGAAGUAGAGCAUUCAGGGACGCAAUCAGGGAGGGUGGAUCACAAAAUGACAAAUGCUGAUGGACUUGGUUUUUGUAGUGAAAAGACAUGCACCGAGAAGACUAAUAUAGUCUCUCCAAUGGAAUUUGGUCCAGAUAGCCAAGAGAGGAAACUUGCUCAUGAAUGGGGUGAGAGAGGAAAUAUUAAACAGCAUGCAAAUGCUGGACUAAACCAUGAACAAAAAAGGGAGCAAGAAUCAUCUAUCCAAGCAAACCCGUGUGGUGAUGACAGAAGGAAUACGGUAGCUGAUGCACCUGGUAUAGUGCCAAAAGUGGCAAGUGUCCAGAACUCUUGUCAAAGGUCUUAUGUAGCCCAUUCCACAAAAAGCAAAGAUAAGAGUCUUGAUGAAACUCCUGCCGCAGUAGAGAAAGAUGCUGAAAGGACGAGAAGAGAAGUAGAGUUGGAAAAAGAUCGUCUCAGAAAGAUAGAAGAGGAGAUAGAAAGAGAAAGGGAAAGACAUAAAGACAGAAUGGCAGUUAACAGAGCAAUGCUGGAGGCUGAGAGGGAAAGGGAAAGAGAGAAAGAUAGGAUGGCUGUUGAUAGAGCAACUCUUGAAGCUCGUGAUAGAGCCUAUACUGAAGCUCGUGAAAGGGCAGAAAGGGCUGCAUUUGAGAGAGCAACUGCCGAAGCUCGACAAAGAGCACUGGGUGAGGCCAGGGAAAGACUUGAAAAGGCAUGCGCUGAGGCCAGGGACAAAUCAUUUGCUGAUAAAGCAGCUGCAGAGGCUAAAUUGAAAGCAGAACGAGCUGCUGUAGAAAGAGCAACUGCGGAGGCUAGGGAGCGUGCAAUGGAAAAAGUAAAGGUUGAGAGGGCUGUUUUUGAGUCCAGAGAACGGUUAGAAAGAUCUGUAUCUGAAAAGUUUGGUGUUUCUUUCAGAAAUGAUGGAAGACAGGGUUCUUCAUCCUCAGGUAUGCUGGAUCCACAUGUUCAGAACUUCAACUCUUCUACUGGUUCUAGAUAUCCAUAUUCCUCAGUUUAUGGUGCUUCCUCUUUUUCUGAGAGAUCGGGAGGGGAAGGUGAAACAGCUCAGAGAUGUAGAGCAAGGUUGGAGAGGUAUCAGCGAACAGCUGAGCGUGCAGCAAAAGCUUUGGAAGAAAAGAACACACGCGACCUUAUAGCCCAGAGGGAGCAAGCGGAGAGAAAUAGAUUAGCAGAGACCCUGGAUGCUGAAGUCAGGAGGUGGUCAAGCGGAAAAGAAGGGAACUUGCGUGCAUUACUUUCAACCUUGCAAUAUAUCCUUGGGCAUGAUAGUGGGUGGCAGCCAAUCCCACUCACGGAGGUCAUCACUUCUGCUGCUGUAAAGAAAGCUUACAGGAAGGCCACUCUUUGUGUCCAUCCUGACAAAUUACAGCAACGUGGGGCAAGUGUUCAACACAAAUACACAUGUGAAAAAGUCUUCGAUCUUUUAAAGGAAGCUUGGACCAAAUUCAACUCAGAAGAACGAUAGUACACCUUGUUCAAAUGUUUAACCUGUCUCCUUGCAAGUAAGCUGGUCCCUUCCCUCAGGUUGCUGCAAUCCCACGGUCAAAUACCUCAGUAAUUAUUUUUUCAUGGUCCAUGUUAUCAUGUUAUGUAAUAAUAUUCCUUAAAUACUUAAUGUAAGAAAUAUUCAUCCCACGGGAGGUAAGAAAUUCAUGAGUAAAUAGAUAUACAAAAGCGUAUAUGUUUUGGCUGUC